CGCAGCACCCUCCAGUCCCUCUCUCCUCCACCUCUGCCCAGCACAAACGGACCGACUAGCUAAGCUUGUCAUCAUGGACAGAAAGGCGGUGUGCAUCUGGUUUCUGAUCCUCGCGCUUGUGCUGCUCGCCGGCCCGGGCGCGAACGCCGCGGCACUCCUUGGUGGCACUGCCAGCGUCGACGCGGUGCGGCAGCUGAUGCCGACGUCAUCGUCGUCCAUGAGGCUGGGGGACGGCGUGGCGCCGGAGCUCGCGGUGGUGUCCACGGUGGUGGACCUCGGGGUGCACCGGCGCGUUCUCGCCGGCAUCGACCCGGGGCCACUGAACGGCAACAAGCAAGCCUGCAGGCCCAAGUGCGCGCAGCCCGGACAGCCGAACACAGGCCGGAACUGCCUCAAGAUUUACCGCUGCCCAGGAGGAAACUGAGCGGGACAGCACCAUGGACCGUCGAUUCCCCCUCCUCCGUCCAUGGGUGCAUGCAUGGGUGCGCUCGCGUUCCAUGUUCUGCUUUCGUUUCCAUUUUGCGUUUCAGUACCGCGUCAGCGUUGCUAUCGCCAUGUUUCUUGAAAUGUAACUUGGCAUAAUGUACCUCCCGCUUGAUGAUGAUGAUCAAAAGUGAACGUUAUCUUACAUCCA